AUGCCCAUUGAAGCCACCUUUACCUCAACCAGUCCAUUUGGUUGGCCGCAAAUUGUACUCACCUGUUACGGGUCCGAUUUCUUUGGCAAUGAUGUUGUUUGUGGCUAUGGAGCUGUGCAUAUUCCAACCGUUCCAGGGAGAUCGGUAAAAAGGAUAAUAUUGUUUGUGCCGGAGGCUUCUACAUUAUUGCAACGUUUUAUUGGAUGGCUUACUGGGAAGAGAGCUGAAUUUGUGGAUUCGACAAUCCCUGCAACGGCAGAUGGCCGACAAGUUACAAAAGUGAGGAGUCAAGGAAUCAUCACCGUAACUAUGGAUAUUGUACUCAAAGAUAUGAAGAAAUAUGGUUACGAUGUGACACCAUCAUCGUUAUACAGGAUUUCAGAAUGUCCCCUGCCUGACUUCACGAAGACAUUUGAUGAACAGGUUCAAGUUCACCAUGAGAAAAAACUAAAAGAACCAGUCACUAAGUCUAAAGAAAUCUCUGAGCCCGAAAUUAAACCAGGACCAUCAAAUAUCUCCCAAUCAAUGAUAACACAUGCCUCAUCGCCACCAUCAACUCGACCACUUCCUAUGCCAAGACAAGCGACAGAAAAAGGUACGGACAGCACUGAAGAGAUCAGACAGGGUAUAACACCCUAA